ACACAGAGGACACAAGUUCUGGAAGAGGUGGAAAAACUUUUGUUAGUGUGGUUAAAUGAGAAACAGCUGGCAGGUGAUAGUGUUAGUGAAGCUAGGACAGUGAAAAAGCUGGGAAAUUGCAGUGUGGUUUACAGCAAGGAGACCCCUCUACAAGCAGAACAAGUGAUGAAUUUAGAGCCAGUAGAAGGCAGUUUGAUAAAUUCCACAAGAGAAGUGGCAUCCACAGUGUGAUAAGACAUGGUGAGGCUUCCAGUUCUGACAAGGCCACUGCAAAGCCCACAAAAAAGAAUUUGUAAAUUCAUGAAGGCAGAAGGAUCUGUCUCUCCACAAGUGUUCAGCUGCAGUGAAACAGGGCUCUUCUGGAAGAAGAUGCUGAACAGAUCUUCUGUCCCUCAGGAGGAAAGGGCACUGCCCUAGCACAAUGAGUGACAGAUUGACCCUUUUGUUGUGUGUGAACACAAGUGCCGAUCUGAAGAUUAAGCCAUUACUGGUGUACCAUUCCCAGACCCCUCCUGAAUUCAAGGAACAGAACAUGAGCAAGGCCAGGCUGCCUGUCCUGUGGAGGGCCAAUGCAAAAGCUCGGGUCAUAAGGCAAUUGUUCAUGGGAUGGCUGCGCAAGGUGUUGGCACCUCCCGUUAAGAAAUAUCUUUCUGACAACCACGUGCCUGCAAGGUACCUUCUUUUGAUGGACAGUGCCCCGGCACAGCCUCCAGCCUUGGUGGGUGAUAAGGACAGUGAGUGUGACUUCAUAAAGGUCAAUUUCCUCCCCUGCAGCACAACACCUCUUCUCCAGCCAAUGAACCAGCAAGGGAUCUGCAAUUUGAAGAAGCUGUACAUGAAGGCGCUCUUCACCAGCUUGUUGUGUCUGGUGCUGAGACUCCUGCUUUGGCCACUGACCCUCUCCACUGCCCGUGUGCAGAUUCUUUGGUAA